AGAAGAAGAAGAAGAAGAAGCACAAACAACACACACAAAAAAGGACCGAUUCUAAGAAAGAACGACACCGCGUCGAGGCAGUGAACGCACCGGAGACUCGGAGGGUUUACGGGAACCGGUUUUUUUGUUUUUUUUGUGUGGACGCGGACGGAAAGGGUGUAGACUACGGACACGGCAAGGCAACCGACCCCCACCACCCCCCCACCAAGCGGGAAGCGAGCCAGUCCUCGGGGCACGAUGCCGUCGGAGGAACCGACUCGGCGCCGGCGAGUCCGGUAAUGGAAACGCGCCUCGGUCGCCCCCGGUAGCGUCUGAAAUGCAGCACGAGCGGCGGAACCGCGUCGGCGGCUCCCGCGGCUGACAGUGUCGUCGGGCGGCGGCUCGAGUUCGCCAGCGGAUGAAGCUCCGGAGCCCGGCGCCAUGCUAACGCGACACGCUCGCCGACACACGGAGCGCUCGCUUCAACCGGUGGGGAAGCUGUGGAAAAAGCUGGUGGAGAACCUCCCGGUUUAAACCUUCGGUUCUUCCAUUUUUCAAAUUUUUUUUUUUUAAACCUAGAUAUUUUUUCUCCUUCCUGUAAACGUUGAAAACGCUUUGCUUUUUAAAAAAAAAUUUUUUAACCCCUCGGUCGACAUGGAUGUUGGAAUCGACCUCUGCCGACCUCCGCCGGAGUCGAAGACUCGAGGGAUCGGCGCUCGGCGCCCCCUAUGAAGAGGAGGAGGAACGGCGGCGGCGCUCGGAUCAAAAUGGCGGAAACCAGUUUGCUGCAGGGGAAACGCUUCUACUGCCGGGAGUGGGUCUUCCACAAGAUCCAGCAUUGCCUCCAGGAGAAAACCAACGGCCUCGCCGGAGUCACCGGCGCUCCCGGUAAGCCGGCGACCGCGUCCAACCCCGGCACCGUGGCGGCGGCGGGGUCCGCGAAGUCUUCUUCUGGCGGCUCCUGGGGGGUGCUGCUGGUGGGCGGCCCCGGCAGCGGGAAGACGGCGCUGUGCACGGAGCUGCUGUGGCCGGCGGCCCAGGGGACGCACCGGGGCGCCCAGCGGCAGAGUUUGGCGUUCCACUUCUGCCGCGCGGACGACUCGAACACGCUGUGCGUCGGCGGGUUCGUCCGAGGCCUCGUGGCGCAGAUCUGCCGCGGCGGGCUGCUGCCGGGCUACGAGGAGAAGGUGCGCGACCCGGCGGCGCAGAGCGCCCUGCAGCCCGGGGAGUGCGAGAGGAACCCGACGGAGGCGUUCAAGAGGUGCGUCCUCCUGCCCCUGCUGAGCGUGGCUCCUCCCCCUCAGGCCCUCUUCCUGCUGGUGGACUCCAUCGACGAGGGCUGCCAGCUGGCCGAGGGCGACCAGCGGUCCUCGCUCGCCUCGCCCAGGACCAUCGGCGAGCUGCUGGCCGGGCACCACGAGUUCCUGCCGCCGUGGCUGCUGCUCGUCUGCUCGGCCCGGCGGCAGAACAAGGCCAUCACCAAGCUGUUCACAGGAUUCCGCAAAAUCAGCCUGGACGACCUGCGCAAGGCCUACAUCGUCAAGGACGUGCAACAGUACAUCCUCCACCGGCUGGACCAGGAGGAGGCCCUGCGGCAGCACCUGACCAAGGAGACGGCCGAGAUGCUCAACCAGCUGCACAUCAAGAGCAGCGGCUGCUUCCUGUACCUGGAGCGCGUGCUGGACGGCGUGGUGGAGAACUUCAUCAUGCUCCGCGAGAUCCGCGACAUCCCCGGCACCCUCAACGGCCUCUACCUGUGGCUCUGCCAGCGGCUGUUUGUCCGAAAGCAGUUCGCCAAAGUGCAGCCCGUCCUGAACGUCAUCCUGGCGGCGCGCAGGCCGCUCACGGUCAAGGAACUGUUCCACGCCGUCUGGACCAGGAACAUGACGCUGACCAUGGAGGAGUUUCAGAAGAAGAUGGACGUCCUCUCCAAGCUGCUGGUCGACGGCCUGGGGAGCACGAAAAUCCUGUUCCACUACAGCUUCGCCGAGUGGCUGCUCGACGUGAAGCACUGCACCCAGAAGUACUUGUGCAACGCGGCGGAGGGCCACCGGAUGCUGGCGAUGAGCUACACCUGCCGGGCGAAGCAGCUCAAACCACUGGAAGUGCAGGAGUUCGCGCUGCACCUCGUCAGCUCCAACCUGCAGAUGGAGCCCUGUCAUCUGGCUCUGUGGAUGCUCUGGAACGGGACCCCCGCCAAAGACUCUCUGACCGCCUCCAUCCCGAGGGAGCAGGAGGUCCUGCAACUUCUGGUCAAAGCCGGCGCCCGCGCGAACGACGAGGACGACCGCGCGUCGCGCGUCGUGCGGCAGGCCCUGGAGAGGGAGGACUCGAUCAGGACGUUGCUCGACGACGGGGCGUCGGCCAACCAGUGCGACGCCAGCGGGAGGACCCUGCUGGCGAACGCCGCGCACAGCGGGAACCUCGACGUGGUCAACCUGCUCGUCUCUCGGGGGGCAAACAUGGAGCUGGGCGACGACCGCGGCCAGACGGCGCUCACGCUCGCCGCGCGGCAGGGCCACACCAAGGUGGUCAACCGCCUCAUCGGCCGCGAGGCCAACAUCGACCACACGGACCACGACGGCUGGACGGCGCUGCGCUCCGCCGCCUGGGGCGGGCACUCGGAGGUGGUGUCCGCCCUGCUCUACGCCGGCGCCAAGGUGGACUGCGCCGACGCCGACGGGAGGACCGCCCUGAGAGCCGCUGCGUGGGGCGGCCACGAGGACAUCGUGCUGAACCUCCUGCAGCACGGGGCCGAGGUCAACAAGGCGGACGGCGAGGGACGCACGGCCCUCAUCGCCGCGGCGUACAUGGGCCACCGGGAGAUCGUGGAGCACCUCCUGGAGCACGGGGCCGAGGCCGACCACGACGACGCGGACGGGAGGACCGCCCUCUCGGUCGCCGCGCUCUGCGUCCCCGCGAGCAAAGGCCACGCGUCGGUCGUGAGCCUCCUGAUCGAACGCGGGGCGGAGGUGGACCACCGCGAUAAAGACUGCAUGACGCCGCUCCUCGUGGCCGGCUACGAGGGCCACGUGGACGUCGUGGACCUGCUGCUGGAGGGCGGCGCCGACGUGGACCACACGGACGACAACGGGCGCACCCCUCUCCUCGCCGCCGCGUCGAUGGGCCACGCCUCCGUCGUCAACACGCUGCUCUUCUGGGGCGCGGCCGUCGACAGCAUCGACAGCGAGGGGCGGACCGUGCUGAGCAUCGCGUCGGCUCAGGGCAACGUGGAGGUGGUCCGCACUCUGCUGGACAGAGGGCUGGACGAGAACCACCGGGACGACGCGGGCUGGACGCCGCUGCACAUGGCGUCGUUCGAGGGCCACCGCCAAGUGUGCGACGCCCUCAUCGAGCAAGGCGCCCGCUGCACGGAGGUCGACAACGACGGCAGAAUCCCGCUGAUCCUGUCCGCGCAGGAGGGGCAUUACGACUGCGUGCAGAUCCUCCUGGAAAACAAGUCGUGCGCCGACGAGCGGGGCUACGACGGCAGGAACGCCCUCCGGGUGGCGGCGCUGGAAGGCCACAGGGACGUCGUGGAGCUGCUGCUGAGCCACGGCGGCGACAUCGACCACAAGGACGCCGACGGACGCCCGACGCUCUACAUCCUGGCGCUCGAGAACCAGCUGGCCAUGGCGGAGUACUUUCUGGAGAACGGCGCCGACGUGGAGGCCUGCGACGCCGAGGGCCGGACCGCCCUCCACGUGUCCUGCUGGCAGGGCCACGUGGAGGUGGUGCGGCUGCUGAUCCACGACCACGCCGACGUGAACGCCUGCGACAACGAGAAGAGGUCGGCCCUCCAGUCGGCCGCGUGGCAGGGACACGCCAAGGCGGUGCGCUUUUUGAUCGAGAGCGGCACGCACGUGGAUCACACGUGCAACCAGGGGGCGACGGCGCUGGGCAUCGCCGCCCAGGAGGGCCACAUCGACGUCGUGCAGAUCCUUCUCGAGAACGGCGCCGACCCCAACCACGCCGAUCAGUUCGGCCGCACGGCGAUGCGAGUGGCCGCGAAAGGCGGCCACUCGGCGAUCAUUAAACUCCUGGAGAAGUACGGCGGCACGACUCCGAACGGCUGCAACCCGUCCCCGGUGCACACCAUGGAGGAGAAAACGCCGUUGACCGGGAAGAUGCAGUCCCUCACCAUUAAAUCCAGCAGCUCCGGCAGCACCGGGGCGGGAGACGUGCGGUCGUCCGGACGCGGUCCGCCCAGCAGGCCGGUCCACGCCUUCAGCUCCCCGUCGGGGUCUCCGGAUUCGACGGCCGACCGGCAGAAGUCGUCCCUUUCCAACAACUCCCUCAAGAGUUCAAAGAACUCCUCCUUGAGGACCACGUCGUCCACCGCCACGGCCCAGACGGUGCCCAUCGACAGUUUCCACGGCCUGACGUUCACGGAACAGAUCCAGCAGCACUCGUUGCCGCGCAGCCGGAGCCGCCAGUCGGUCGCGUCGCCCUCCUCCACGGCCGAGUCCGUCGGCCAGCCGCCGCCGUCGUCGUCUCCGUCCGGCGACUUCGACUGGUCGCAGUUGAAACCCGGCCUCAAGUCGUCGAAGGGAAGCAAGACCGGCGACGGGCGGCCGAACGGCAAGGGAGCGCCGGGCGACAAGAAGAAGGCCAAGAACGGCGGCUCCGCCCACGGUCAAGCGCCGGAGUACGAGAUGACGCAGUUCGACAAGAGGGUCGCGAACAUCUCGGCGAAGGACGCCCAUUGCAAGGUCGUGAUCGCCGGUUCCAUUCGGCAGGAAAGGGGGCAAAGCCAAGAGCAGCUGUUCAUCCAGCAGCAGAGCUGCGCCGAGAAGAAGAGGAACGGCAUCAUGACCAACCCCAACUACCACCUGCAGGGCAACCAGGUGUUCCUGAGCAGGGUGUCGGUUCCUCGGACCGGACACAACCGGGGCCACCAGGACGUCCUCGAGAACUACCCCAUCGGGGAAACCGAGCUCAGCCUGAAACAAGCCCUGAAGCUGCAGAUCGACGGAUCGGACCCCGGGUUCAACUACAAAAAGGAGACUCCGUUAUAGCCGGUUUCAGUCCGGGGGUUUAAAUUAAGGUCAGUUGGCGAGACUUUGGCCCCGCCUCUUCAUUUUAACAGCGGCUGACUUUUAACUGUCGUCUCGUUUGGAUUUAAUCAGACUCGCAUGAGGAAUGCCUCGAUCUGGAUCAGCGGACCCGCGGCAUGAGCCCGAAUCAUUCCGGAGCCGUCUCCGAUGUCUUGAACGCUUUCCGUCAUGCGGAAUGUGCCAAAGCGACCGUAUCUCAGCUCAUCGGCGGGAAGGCCUCCGAAUAAAACCUGACGUGAACCGACACAUCGAUGUGCCUACAUCUGUUACAGCCAUGCAUUCAUAAAAAACUAUCAUUUUAAUUUAAUGUUAAUGCUAUUUAAAAAACGGUGUAUGCACUUUGAAAAAAAAGAGUAAAAUGACAGACAUGCAUUAUUUGUUUUAUUCACUUUGUAUCCCAUCCAUGUUUUUAUCAAAAAACAUACCAAUGCCUUUUCUUUUUUUAAUUAUUAUUUUAUAUUAUGUUUUGUUUGUUACUUUUUGACAAUGACGGACACGACCGCAACUGAUAGGCUGCCUUUCUAGAGACCCCAAAUAGUGUGUGUGUGUGUGUGUGUGUGUGUGUGUGUGUGUGUGUGUGUGUGUGUGUGUGUGUGUGUGUGUGUGUGUGUGUGUGUGUGUGUGUGUGUGUGUGUGUGUGUGUGUGUGUGUGUGUGAAUAGCUCUGGCAAUUUACUUCACAAGUAUAUACAAGCAUAUUUAUUUUUUGGAAAAAGCCACUUGUGCUGCAUUUCUUCGUGCCGCAUUACGCUCUACCAUGGUGCUGUGUUCAGAAGUCGCCUGCAGUUAUUUUGGACUCACAAUUGUGUUGGGUUUUGUGCGUUUGUGUAUUAUUAUUAUUUUGAAUAUCUAAGAAAGAGGGAAGUUCAUUUAAAAAUGUUAAAAAAAAGAGAGAAAGAAAAGUUAAUUUUGUCCCUAUGGGAUUCCUCAGUUGCCUGUUUGUUAUUUUGUCCGUUCAUAAACUAUUUAAAUAACCCGUUGUGUAACGCCGGCAGCAGUUUGGUGCUGAAUGCAGCGAUUUCAAGUGCAAGCAGUAUCACAUUUUUAUUUUUUAAAGCAUCCGAGUUAAACGAAUAACCCGCAAUGCAAGAAACACAGGAUCCGGGCCUCGGUUCCUCCUGGUCUCGGGGUUCAUCUUUUCAGGGCCAUCGAAAAAAAGGGUUCGACCAAUAAGACGACUCGUAGCUUGCGAAUGACAUCGUUUGAAAUGCAGAGUCGCGAAGCCGAAGUUCGAAAGACGACUAUCAGGUCAGCGGGCCUUAAGCCCCGCCCCCCCCGUGAUGGAGGGGAGGAGGCGCUCGACCGCUACGGGGAACCGAAACAUCCGUUUCCCGUGGAGCCGUGUCAUAAUUGUGGUUUUUUUUUUUGCAAGCUUGUUCAUAUUGUCAACGGUGAGUUAUUUUUAUUUUUUUUGCCGAGGACUGGGAUCCAGGGGGGGGGGGGGGGAAACCUAUCGCAUGCACAAACACUCCGAAGCCCUCGUGAAAGAGCUCUAGAAGGAUGGGAGGCGGGGCUCCGGUCGACAAAACAAACUGUAAAGUCUUAGUCAGCAGUUCUCUCUCGUCCGUCUGUGGGUUUUUUUCGUCCGUCAUCUUUGAUUUCUUUCCGACUGUCAGUGAGCGGGUUGUAAAUAGCUUAACAUGUACAUUCAACUCUCCAUUAAAAAAAAGAAAAAAAUUCCUGUAUUAUACAAAGUGGAAUUUUCCGAUGUAUAUUAAAGUGCUUAAUAAACAUAUUUGCUUUACUGCUGAAAAAUAUA